CUUCACACUUUUUUUUUUUAAAAAAAUGCACAAAUUUAACAUCUUAUUAUCAUUCAUUCUCAUCUUCUUCUUUUUCUCUUCAUCAUCUUCAUCCAUCAAUGUUGUUGCGGAAUCAGAAGAUGACCCAUUUACCCCAAAGGCAUAUAUAAUCAGAUACUGGAAAAAACAGAUCUCAAAUGACUUACCAAAACCCACAUUCUUAAUUGAAAAAUCAUCCCCCUUAACCGCCAUCCAAACGGCGUCGUUUUCGAAACUCGCCGGCGACCAAACCUCUCUUUCCGCCAACCUUCCGUCGUUUUGCUCCGCCGCUAAUCUGCUCUGUUUUCCAGAUGUCGCCCCCAGCCUUGAAAAACAUUCCGGCGAUGUCAACUUCAAAUUGUAUUCGGAUAAGAAUUUCACCAACUACGGGUCGGGUCGGCUCGGUGGGUCCGACUCGUUUAAGAACUACUCCGAUGAUGGUAAUGCAGCACUUAAUUCAUUCAGACGAUACUCACGUGACUCUGUGGGCCACGAUGAUAAGUUUACCGCUUACGCACGUGACACUAACGUCCCUGACGAGAGCUUUAACGGUUACGGAACGAAAGCUACCGGCGGUAACGGCGACUUUAACGGAUAUGCUGACAACGUUAAUGUUCCCAACAUGAGGUUUACUUCAUAUUCGGAUGACGUCAACGGACGUCAUCAGACUUUCAAAGGCUACUCCGUUAACGCUAACGCUGGGGAUCAAUCUUUUACCAGUUACGGUAAAAAAGGUAAUGGUGCGGUAAAUGUGUUUAAAUCGUACGGUAAUAAUUCCAAUGUUAUCGGUUCCGGAUUUUCCGGAUACGGUGAAAACGGUAACGGCGCUAACGAUAGUUUUACUUCUUACGGAGAUAACGGUAACGUUCCUGAGAAUAACUUCAGGAGUUACGGCGUUAACGGUAACGCCGCUGUUGAUACAUUUUCAAGUUAUCGUGAUCAGUCAAAUGUGGGUGACGAUAAUUUCAAAUCUUACGCGAGAAAUUCAAAUGGGGCGGAACAGAAUUUUGUUAACUAUGGGAAUUCGUUUAAUGAAGGGACGGAUAAGUUUUCCAGCUACGGCGGCGGUACGACGAUGAAUCAGAAAUUUGGGUUUAAGGGUUAUGGGGUAAAUAACACGUUUAAGGAUUAUGCCGAUAAGAAUCGGGCUUCUUUUUCCACGUAUGCAACACCGGCGGCGGCGGCGGAUAAAUUGGCGGCGGAGAAAUUGAAAAUUCAGGCCAGGGGUAAAAAUGUAAAUAAGUGGAUAGAACCGGGUAAGUUUUUUAGAGAGAGAAAUAUGAAGACAGGGACUAUAAUGGACAUGCCGGAUAUUAAAGAUAAGAUGCCUAAAAGGUCAUUUUUACCGAGGGUAAUUCUAUCAAAGUUACCGUUUUCUUCGUCCAAAGUUACGGAGUUAAAAAAGAUAUUUCACGCGGAAGAUGAAUCCAGCAUGGCAACUUUGAUAACUGAGUCAUUGAACGAGUGUGAAAGGAAACCGAGUCAAGGUGAGUCCAAAAGGUGUGUUGGAUCGGUAGAAGACAUGAUUGAUUUCGCUACAAGUAUUCUGGGAAGAGAUGUUGUGGUUCGGACAACGGAGAACACAAAUGGUUCUGGUCAAAAGGUUAAAGUCGGAGAGGUAAGAAAAAUUAACGGUGGUAAAAUCACAAAGUCAGUUUCUUGUCAUCAAAGUUUAUUUCCUUACUUGCUUUAUUAUUGUCACUCCGUUCCGAAGGUUCGGGUUUACGAAGCGGAUUUACUUGACCCAAACUCGGGGUCAAAGAUUAACCAUGGGGUCGCGAUUUGUCAUAUUGACACGUCGGCUUGGAGUAAGACCCAUGGGGCUUUUCUUUCACUUGGGUCGGAGCCCGGUAAGAUUGAAGUUUGUCAUUGGAUCUUUGAGAAUGAUAUGACCUGGGCUGUUGCUGAUUAAGAAAGAGUAUGUUGGUUCGGGUGGAAACCGGUUCGGACAGUGUCGGGUGCAAAAGUGAACCACUUGUUCGAAUAAUAGAGAGUUUCGAAUUUCGAUUCUAUUUGCUUACAUGAUUUUAAGAUAAGAUUAUUUUUUUGUGUUUUAAAUAUUUGUAAUGAUCGACUUGUUGGUUUUCUUAAGAAAAUAAGAAAACGAUAAUCAAAAUGAUUAAACCAUGUCUUAUAUAUAUUUUAUAUGGUUUUUUGUA